AUGGGUGUUUUGUCUUGUCCACCCUCUGGUAUCGUUUCAGAGAGAUUGUUCAGUGCAGCAGGCGGCAUCAUCACCCCAAAGCAAAGAAGAUUGUCAGCCAGCAACGUGGAGAAACUGACAUUCACCAAAAUUAAUCAGGCAUGGAUCUUAAAUGACUCCGACUGUCGACCAUACCUUUGCUUUCAGCAAACUAAGAACCACCUGUCUGCUUCAGAGCUACUCAGCUCUGCUACAAACACCAUCUCUACUCUGCUUCAGUCUCUAAUUCCUCUUCUGCCAAGUACUAGGGUCGUUCUGGUCUUCAAGGAGAACAAUAUGACUUUGGUCUCCAUGUUUUUUCUUUUAGGAUUUCAGAUUAAUAGAGAUUUAAGGAUUUCCCUGUUCUGUCUUCUCCUGUUGAUAUUUUGUGGGACAAUAUGUGGGAAUCUCCUGAUCAUCGCCCUGGUGUCCACCAGCAAGAACCUCCACACCCCAAUGUACUUCUUCAUCUCACAUCUGUCCAUCAGUGACAUCUUGUUAUCCACAGAUAUUGUCCCCAACUUGUUCCACAUCCUACUGAAUAAUGGGGGGACCAUGACUUUUAUUGGUUGUAUUGCUCAGCUUUGUUUCUUUUGUUUCUCAGAAGUAUUUGAGUGUCUUCUCCUCGCUGUGAUGUCUUAUGACAGAUAUGUGGCCAUCUGUAAUCCUCUCCGUUACUCCUCUAUCAUGACAAGUAGACAUUGUGUGAUAUCCACCAUCAUCUGCUGCUUAUUUGGGUUUUUUAUUGCUUUGUUUUAUGUCAUUACAAUGGUAAAGCUAAACUUUUGUGGACACAAUAUGAUUGAUCAUAUCUUCUGUGACAUUGUGCCUUUACUAGAUCUUGCAUGUUCUGACACCUUCUUUGUGCAGUUGGAGAUUUAUGUCAUAGGUUUUCCAGCUGUUUUUAUUCCAACCACCAUCAUUGUAGUGUCUUAUACUUAUAUUAUUUUAGCAAUUCUAAGGAUCCCAUCCAAUACCGGUAGACAGAAAGCCUUCUCCACCUGUAGCUCCCACCUCAUUGUGGUCUCCAUAUUCUAUGGGACUAUAUUCAGUGUUUAUAUUGUCCCAACAAAAGGCCGAACACUGAGCAUGAGUAAAAUCCUCUCCCUGCUAUACACUGUGUUUACUCCUUUGGUCAACCCCAUCAUAUACAGUCUCAGGAAUAACGACAUUAAGAAAACUGUACGAGAAACAUAUCAUAAGUGGAUGAUCUAA